GCUAUAUCCUGCGUAAGACGACCGGUAUGGAUGCAUUAGAGAGAGAAAGGAAGGGAUUACAUAAUAAUGACAUUAGUUUGAAAGAGAAGACCAGAUUCACAACAAGCUAAACAAGAGGUUAAGAUAUCUCCUCUGUCUUUUAGUUCGAAUUUCCGCAUUUUUCGCAUCCAAGACGGCGGCAGCUGCAACAAAAGGAAGGAAUGGUGACGGCAGCGCCUUGCGUGGCUUACUUGGUCGGCCGUUUCACCGCUCGCCUGGAAUAUUCCAGAGCCGCUCCUCUCCUUUACCGAGACGCCACGUUUUCGACCAAGAAGAGUAACAAGAACAAGCUCUCAUCGAGAAAAUCAAUCUCUACCAUCGCAGCUUUACCUUUCGAACUCUCCCCUCCCCCUAUCGAUCACGACUUCCUAGACACAGUUGCAGCUGAAGGAGCAAGGGUUUCAGAGGAAGGAAUAAUAGAAACAUUUGAAAAUGAUGAUGAAGCUUUGGAUGCAUUAGAUAAUGGGGUGGUGGUUAUGGACCUGUCUCAUUUUGGAAGGAUAAGAGUCAGUGGAGAUGACCGGAUUCAGUUUCUUCACAACCAAACCACUGCAAACUUUGAAUGUCUUAGUGAAGGGCAGGGAUGUGAUACAGUUUUCGUUACGCCAACAGCAAGGACAAUUGAUAUUGCUUAUGCGUGGAUUAUGAAAAAAGCAGUUAUAUUGAUGGUUUCACCAGAGACCUGUGGAAACAUAACUGAAAUGCUCAAUAAGUAUAUAUUCUUCGCUGAUAAGGUAGAGAUUCAAGACAUCACCAAGCAAACUUGCUUGUUUGCUCUAGCAGGUCCGAAAAGUGCCCAAGUGAUGGCUAAUUUGAAUCUCAUGGAUCUUGUUGGACAACCAUAUGGCACAAAUCGACAUUAUAGUGUGAAUGGUAUGCCUCUAACUGUUGGGGUGGGAAAUAUCAUUUCUGAAGAAGGUUUUUCUUUGUUGAUUUCACUAGCAUCAGCCAGAUCAGUCUGGAAAGCUCUUCUAUCUGAGGGUGCCAUUCCAUUGGGUUCUAAUGCCUGGGAAAAACUAAGGAUUACACAAGGAAGACCAGCUCCUGAAAAGGAGCUCACUAAUGAAUUUAAUGUUCUGGAGGCUGGUCUUUGGAACUCAAUUUCUUUGAACAAGGGCUGUUAUAAGGGACAAGAGACAAUAUCAAGACUCAUUACAUAUGAUGGAGUUAAACAGAGGUUAUGGGGAAUUCAUUUGUCAGCACCAGCAGAACCUGGCUGCCCAAUUACGGUUAAUGGGAAAAAGGUGGGAAAGCUGACAAGCUAUACAAGUGGAAGAAAGGAAUCUGACCAUUUCGCUUUAGGCUACAUCAAGAGGCAAGCAGCUGCAGUUGGAGAUACUGUGAUUGUUGGAGAAAAUAUUAUUGGGACAGUGGUGGAUGUUCCUUUUCUUUCUCGGCAAUCUCCUCCGAUAAAGAACUCCAGUCCUUGACUUAACAGAAAUUGUACAGAUAUAACUGUCACUUUGGGGCGUGCCUUGAUCCCUUGUCAUUCUUCAAUGGUAUGCCACCGAACACGUUUUUUGUUUUGUUUAUUUCUUUUUCUAAAAUUAAUAUGUUUACAUAGCCCAUCUUUUUGGUAUAGUGAUCUCCAUAUGUAUGAAGAAUUGAAGACUUGCAUCCUUUUCAUUUUUAUAGUGAUAAUGUGAUUCAGGAAUAUAUAGAUGAUAGUUAGCUAUCUGAAUAAAAUGAAAAUUUUAUCA